AUGAACAAAUGUUCAUUCAAGUAUGCCUGGGUCUUGGACAAGCUCAAGGCUGAAUGUGAACGUGGUAUUACCAUUCAUAUUGCUUUGUGGAAGUUUGAGACCACCAAAUACUAUUGCAUUGUCAUUGAUGCUCCUAGCCGUCGUGAUUUCAUCAAGAACAUGAUCACUGGUACCUCACAGGUUGAUUGUGUUGUUCUUAUCAUCGACUCCACCACUGGUGGUUUUGAAGCCGAUAUUUUCAAUGAUGGUCAGACCCCUGAGCAUGCUUUGCUUGUCGUCAUUGGGUUUGCCCGGAAGGGAACCACCUUAUCCUACUCAUUGGCACUCAAUCUUGACAUUUCAGAAAUUGUGAUUGUCCUCAUUUGA